AUGGAGAAACUCAAGACUUUACUCAUAGCGAACAGAGGAGAGAUCGCAGUACGCAUCAUCAGGACAGCGAAAGCUCUUGGAAUCAAAACCAUUUCGAUUUAUUCCACUGCAGAUGCAGCCUCCAGUCACGUGACAGCUUCAGACGAGGCUGUCUUGCUCACAGGCAGCGACUCCACUGUAUACACCGAUGGCGAGAACAUCAUCUCUAUUGCAAAGCAAAAAGGUGCCGAUGCGAUCAUACCGGGAUAUGGCUUCUUGUCCGAGAAUGCCGAAUUCGCAAGACAAGUCUCAGACGCAGGCAUCGCCUGGGUAGGCCCAAGUCCGGAAGCAAUUGAAGCAUUUGGUGUGAAACAUGUAGCACGAGAGCUGGCCGAAAAGGCUGGCGUGCCAAUUGUGCCCGGUACCAAGGGCCUCGUAGAAAGCGCUGAAGAUGCUGUCAAAGAAUCUGAAAGACUUGGAUUUCCUGUCAUGCUGAAGGCUACCGGAGGCGGUGGAGGUAUGGGAUUGGUGACCUGCUACAAUGCUGAAGAGGUUCGCUCGGGCUUCGAAAAAGUGCAGUCGCGAGGCAAGACGCUUUUCAAAAACUCUGGACUAUUCAUCGAAAGAUACUAUCCGGCGAGUCGACACAUUGAGGUGCAAGUUUUCGGUAAUGGUCAAGGCUCAGCAAUCCAUUUCGGCGAGAGAGAAUGCUCCAUACAACGACGACAUCAGAAGGUCAUCGAGGAAUGCCCCAGCCCGUUUGUCGAAAAACACCCUGGCAUGAGGCAGAAACUUGGUGAUGCAGCUGUCAGUCUUUCAGAGUCCAUCAAAUAUGGCUCUGCUGGCACAGUUGAGUAUCUAGUUGAUGACCAGUCCGGCGACUUCUUCUUCCUCGAGAUGAACACUCGCCUUCAGGUAGAGCAUGGGAUUACUGAGCUCUGCUAUGAUGUCGAUUUAGUCAAGCUCAUGCUUCAGCAGGCUGACGCACAAUUGAAAGGGCUUGGUGGACUUGAGGCAGAUUUCCUGAAGUUAUUGCAGCCUUCGUCGCCGAAGGGUUCUGCCAUUGAAGCUCGAGUCUAUGCUGAGAACCCUCUUCGCGACUUCGCUCCUUCUCCUGGUCUCCUACAAUCAGUGAGCUGGCCUGAGCAACAGCACGACCAUAUCCGCAUCGACACUUGGGUGUUUACGGGGGCUACGAUCACACCGAACUACGAUCCACUGAUAGCGAAGGUCAUGUUUCAUGGUCCCUCGAGAAAAGAGGCACUUGAGGGAAUGCAGAAUCUGCUCUCGUCCUCAAAGAUUUCGGGGCCGCCAACCAAUCUUGAUUUCCUGGAACAGAUCAUACGCGAUGACAAAUUUGAGGCUGGCAAUACCUUGACCAAUUUCUUGGACUCGUUUGACUUCCAACCAGCUGCUAUUGACGUAGUAUCAGCAGGUGCCUACACACUCGUUCAAGACCUGCCAGCCAGACCAACAGUGGGCAGAGGUAUCCCUCACUCUGGUGCAAUGGACUCGAUUGCCUUCUCACUUGCCAACAUUAUUGCUGGAAACGAACCGGCCAAAGAGGCUUUGGAAAUAACGUUAAGCGGGCCUGAGCUACGCUUCGUACGUCCAGCAGUAGUGGCGCUUACGGGCGCUCCUAUGGAGGCUCAGCUUGAUGGUCAGUCAUUCUCCAUGUGGCAGCGACAUCACAUCAAGGCCGGUCAAAAACUCAAGAUCGGCAAGACCACGGGCUCUGGUUGUCGAUCGUAUCUUGCUGUAUACGGCGGCUUCCCAACAGUAGCUGAGUACUUCGGAUCGAAGUCUACAUCUCCGAUUGUUGCAAUUGGUGGUUACCAAGGUCGUCAGCUUGCACCAGGAGACCUUCUAGCCAUCGUUGACGAAGUCCCUGAGUCCAUCUCUAGCUCAAGUGUCAGCUUGCCAAAAAAUCUCGUACCUGUGUACGCCAGCGAAUGGGAGGUCAUGGCUAUGGUGGGGCCACACGAUAUAGGCUAUCUCCUGCCCGAAGACAUCGAGAUGAUAUAUGACACGACUUGGAAGGUCUCGCACAACGCGAGUCGCAGUGCCAUCAGGUUGAUUGGUCCUGUGCCCAAAUGGGCUCGCGAAGAUGGUGGCGAAGGCGGCGCUCACCCUUCGAACCUAGUCGAGUACGGCUACCCCAUCGGUGCCCUGAAUUGGACUGGCGACGACCCUUGUCUCUUCCCUGUCGAUUGUCCAAACUUCGGUGGCUUUGUUUCUAGCACGACUGUCAUCAGAGCAGAGUGGUGGAAACUUGGCCAACUCAAGUCAGGAGAUACUUUGAAGUACAAAAGAGUGUCUCUUGAGGAAGCACUGUCACUGCGAAAGCAAAAUGACCGCUUCCUUGAGUCGGUCGCGAAAGCUGUCAAGAACGCCAGCGAGUUCGGAGGUAUCAAGCCCCUUAGUACGACCUUCGAGCCAUCAGGUAACUUCGGCAAAGCCAUUGUCUGGGAGAGACAGCAACAGGGUCGUCAGCCUUUAGUCAGAUAUCGACAAGGUGGUGACGACCAUUUAAUCGUUGAGUAUGGCAACGAGGAAUUCAAUCUCAAUCAUCGCUGUAGGACAACCGCAUUUGAGAAAGCUCUGCGCUCAUCCAAUCCCGGAUGGCUGAACAACACCGUAUCCUGCUGUACUAGCGUCACACUGUUCUAUAACGGCCUCAAGAUUGAGAGGGAGAAAUUAGUAGCACAUCUUCAGAGUUUGGAAGAUGAACUGGGAGACCUGAGCUCCGUCAAGGUACCUUGCCGAAAGUUCCGCCUUCCGCUCUCAUUCGAGUCGAAAGCACAAGAGGAAGCGACCAAGAGGUACAUGGAAACGCAAAGACCACAUGCGCCGUACCUGCCCAGCAACUUCGACUUUGUCGCCAAGAACAAUGCUUUUACAUCUGAUCAACUGCGAGACAUCUUCCUAACUGGCCAAUUCAUGGCUGUUGUUGUAGGCUUCUAUGCUGGUAACACAGUGUCGUUGCCAGUCGACCCUCGACAGCGCAUGCAGUGUCCCAAAGCCAAUCCUAGUCGCGUCUUCACCCCCGAAGGUACUGUGAGUUGGGGCGGAUCUUGCAUGUCGAUUUAUCCUGUCGACAGCCCAGGAGGCUACCAGAUGACAGGUCGGACCAUCCCGAUAUUUGAUGCACUUGGCUGGAAGAAUGACUUCUCUCCCUCGCGACCAUAUCUGUUCCAAGAUUUCGAUCUCUUGACAUACUAUCGGGUCAGCGAGGAAGAGCUCGACGUGAUGCUUGCAGAUUUCCGUACUGGAAGAUACAAGUUCGAAUGGGAAGAGAUCGAGUUCGAUAUGGCCAAACACAACAUUUUGUUGACGGAUACCGCAGAGGAGGUCAAGAAGAUUCGUGCGGAACAGGCGGUUGCGCAAGCUGAGAUGACCAAAGCGGAAAACGAGAGCUUGACCAAAUGGAGAGAAGAUAAGGCGAAGAACAAGGUUGACGACAGUACAAUUGAGUCCAUGCUGGCUGAUCCCAAGUACACAACCAUCGACUCACCUGUCGCCGCAAACGUGUGGAAAAUAUCAGUCGAGGAGGGACAGACUGUGAAGCCUAAUCAGACAAUAGCCGUCCUUGAGGCGAUGAAGCUGGAAAUUGCAGUGAAUGCUCCGAAAGAUCAGAAGUCCGCAAAGGUUGAGAGAUUGUUAGUUGCGCCGGGCGAGACCGUCAAUGCCGGAGCACACAUCGCGUUGCUGAAGUUCGAGGAGUAAAUUCGAUGGAGUAAAUUGUAUAUAUUUUCAAGCAGUGUUCUGUAGAGAUAUUCAAACUCUGUACAUUGUAUGGCAGU